AUGUGGAAGUGGUAUGAUGAUACUAAUUGGGUUGAUUACGGAAAAGCACAAAACGACAUCCUAGAUAAAGCAGGAAAUAAUUUUCGUAUUGAUGUUGAUGAUGAAAGGUAUGUUGAAACAAGUGAUCUUAAAGAAAUUUAUAGGUUGUUUGGUGAACUUCCAAAGGAUAUCACUGGACUGUGUGCACUACAACACCGGAAAGAUAAUCCCCAACGUGUUCGACUUGUUAAAAAUGCAGCUAUUGACACAUUAAUUCAUGACACUAUUUUUUUUUAUGGAGAAAGAGAAUAUUCUAAAUCACGUUGUCGUCUUGAAGCUGAUAAUGAAUUACAAUGA